AUCGGAAAAUAUCCAUAUUAAGGUAACGUCCCGUCGGGUACAGGUGCAGACCUGAAACUCUCAUUUAACGCUGUUCAAAUCAAGUACGAGCCACAAAAUGUCAGGUAGUGAGCGGCUUCGCUUCAUUACUUUUUCCGUUUUUUUCUCAAGUUUUGUGACUAGGUGCAUUUCCCUGAAUGCAACAAAGGCAAACGAUCUAGAAAAAGCACUUCGCUUCGUGGAGAAUGUUCAAAGUCAAAAAACUUGUGACAAGGUGGUGUACUUAGACCUAGCGCUUGACCACAAACGCUGGACUAAAGAAGCUUUAAUGGUCGUACAAGUAGCCAAUUGGAUGACUUCACUUUGGCGUGCAGGGGACAAAGCAAACAACACCAUAGCCACCUCAGAUGCGCUCCAUUAUCGAACUGUCCGCUCGAUAGUCACUUUCUCUCCUGAGGCUUUCGGGUCUGCUGUUUGCUUCGAUAAAAACCAGUAUAAGGACUACAAACUGUUUUGCCCUUAUGCGUUUAAGAACAAUGGAUCAAUAGAAGUAAUUGAUAUAGGUACGGGGGAUAGCGGCGUUUACGAUUACACGCUGGACAUGGACGCGAUAUGGUGGCACGAUUCAAAGCGUAAAGCGCUCACUUUGAAGCCAUCGUUUGUGACGGCGUUUUAUGCCGUCAGACUAGGCGCCGGCGUCAAAGACGUGCGCCGUGAAACUACGGUUCCACUGGUUCGCUACAAAGACGGCGUGUGGAUCCGACCUUACUUCGACUGUUUUGGUGGGAAAAUCUGGAUGGUGACUUACUUGGCGCCAUUUUAUAACGCUUCGAAUCAAUUCUUGGGUGUUGUUAGUUUAGAUAUUGAGUUGAAUGCGGUGGACAUUAACCAGUGCGACGCUGAGAAAGAGGAUCACGCAAGCGAUUAUCACCUCACAGACAACGUGGAAUAUUCGGCAAUGUUCGUAGAGUUCUUGGGAACUCACAGAUGCAAACCAUCAACACAGUGCGUCCCCGUUGCAAAUCAAGGCUUUCAGCGAGGCAGCUACGAAUGCAAAUGCAAACCCGGAUACUAUUUCCCAGACUCCCAGGCGGCGCUACAUGUCUUCAACGGGUCAGCGGUCGAGCAUGCGUAUGAUCUCUUUCUGAACGGUGACACGUCCGCGUAUGUAAACGACUUCGAAUGUCUCCCGUGCAGUGAAGGCUGUCGGGAAUGCGUGGAUGACAGUCCGUGUAUCUACACGUCCAAUGCAAUCGCGAGGAUUUUCCUGGAAACUCUGAACGCGGCGGUGAUCGUCAUGGCAAUAACCCUGGGGGUACUCAUUUAUUACUACAGAAAACAUAAGGUAGUCCGCGCGUCAAGCCCACGUUUUCUGAUUAUGACGGUAGCAGGCGUGGUUACCAUGUACAUUUCGUUAUGCCUGAGGUUUCCCACUCAGCCGACGGUCCCCCUGUGUAUCGCCGAGCAGUGGUUCUAUCACAUGGGAUUCGUCUCAGCAUACAGCUCCAUAAUCAUCAAAACAUGGAGGGUAGCAGUCAUAUUCCGCGUUCGUUCUGCCCAGCGGAUGGCUUUGACGGACGCAGUGCUCAUGCGCAGAGUUAUGCUAAUCAUCUCGGCUUACUUGGUUUACAUGAUGGUAUGGACUAUCACCAGUCCUCCAACGGUCGGGGAAUAUACCGCAAGUGACGGGCUGAUAUUUAAACGGUGCUCGGAGCAAGAUGCGUGGCUCGAGGUGAUUGCUAUUAUUGGAGACCUUGGCCUUCUGACCUGGGGUAUGUACGUGUGCUACCAGGUGAGGAAUGCCCCCUCCGCCUACAACGAGAGCAAGUACGUCAGCUGGGCCAUCUACAACGCCAUGUUUGUCACGUGCUUCGCCACCGUACUCAGAUUCAUGAUUCGUAACAGCUCGUCCCCUGAUGUCAUGUUUGUACUGGACUUCGCGCUACUCCACAGCACAUCUACCACCAUGCUUCUAUUGAUAAUCAUUCACAAGGUUGUACACAUUCGCAAGGUGCAACGAGUAACAGAGGAGACUAAGAACCAGGGCCGCGUAGCCACAAUAGACCGUGCGUACAUGAAUCAACAGGAGGAGUCUGUGACCGAAGAUCAAGAGCAACUGCUGGCACAAGUCGAAAGGUUGCAGAGGAAGGUGGUGUCUCUUGAAGCCAAACUACAGAAACAACAGUGCAAAAACACGAGCAGAGAAAAUACGAGCAAUGCGAACAAACGAGGCUCCUUUAUAAACGUUUUAGCCACGCCCUCCACGUCGGCGUUACCAGGCAACAAGAAGGGGGCGGGGACUCACAGCAACUCGGACCUAUUAGAAUAGCCUUAGCCACGCCCUCCACGUCGGCGUUACCAGGCAACGAGAAGGGGGCGGGGACUCAGCAAAUCGGACCUAUUAGAAUAGACUUAGUCACUCCUGACACGUCGGCGUUACCAGGUAACGAGAAGGGGGCGGGGACUCACAGCAACUCGGACCUAUUAGAAUAGCCUUAGUCACUCCUGACACGUCGGCGUUACCAGGCAACGAGAAGGGGGCGGGGACUCACAGCAAAUCGGACCUAUUAGAAUAGCCUGAGUCACUCCUGACACGUAAGCGGCGCGCGACAAAAGUCGGUUUUCUGAAUAAAAAUUACUCUAUAGAAUAAUACUAAUACUACUAUGGAAUAAUACUAAUACUCUUUAAAACUAAUUCUAUUAUAAAGCAUAAUACAUAGGGAUGUAAUUUGUUUUGACAAAGCAAGGAUCAAAGUACCAAACAUUUUAAUUUUCAGUUGAGGCUGUGCAUCAAGGUUCUUAUAAAAAAAGAGUCUAAAAAGAAAAUCAUAUCAUAACUUUCAUUUCAGAGGAAUAACCAGUGAAUUGUAAAAAGCUGGUCACAAAUCUUCUAGUUGAGCAUAGUAAGCAGAGGGAUAUUGUUAGGAAACCCGGCGAAUUUCAAAGGACAUAAACAAAAGGCGCUCCCUGAUGUUGAACCAACCUAUCACGUGAUCACGACCUUGCACUAUCCAAGCGUACAUUACAGUAAGUAAACAUAUGGACGAAAUUUAUGAAUAUGCGUAUUCGGGCACGAAUCGCCGAUUGAUUUAUUUCAAACUUUGCCAUUUUUAUUAAAUUCUUUCAAUCUUUGUUUUUA